CCUAAAGUGGUGGAUGAGUUUAACUACACAUGUUUGUUCACAUCCGUCAUGAUAAAUUUUAUCGAAGACAAAAGCUCAUUAUUUUGAAUAAACCCUAACAACGUUGUGGAUGGUUUUCUCCCCCAAAUUCGUCGUCUGAUAACCCAAAAACUCGCCCCACGUUCUCAGUCGGUCACCUUAUUUUCUACCUGACCAAAAACAUCCUUCAAUUUCACUAAAAAAAACCGCCCCUUUUUCUUCAAAACCCUAAAAUCCCCCCUCCAAUUGCUUCGUUUCAUGGAGAAUUUAGACCCAACACCGCUUAAUUCUUAGCUUUAAUCCGGUUGACUGUCUUUCGGAAGUUAUUUUCGUUCUUUAGCUGAAGGGGCUUCAAUCACAAACAAUGGGUAGUACGUUUAAUCCGCAAAUUUUGGUUGAGAAGCUGACCAAGCUUAAUAACUCACAGCAAAGCAUCGAGACUCUGUCACACUGGUGUAUUUUUCAUAUGAACAAGGCAAAACAAGUUGUAGAAACAUGGGCUAGACAAUUCCAUUGCUCCCCACGUGAUCAACGCCUGGCUUUUCUCUAUCUAGCAAAUGAUAUUUUGCAGAAUAGUAGGCGAAAGGGUUCAGAAUUUGUUACUGAAUUCUGGAAGGUUCUUCCAGAUGCAUUACGCGAUGUCAUUGAUAAUGGGGAUGAAUUUGGAAGAAAUUCGGCUUUACGCCUGGUCAACAUUUUGGAUGAAAGAAAGGUUUUUGGUUCACGAGGGCAGGUUCUCAAGGAAGAGCUUGUAGGAAGGCACCAGGAAACUAAUAAUAGAAACGGGAAGCAUCUAGGGUCAAAAUUGAAACAGCCUGCUGGAAGUGCAUUGGACAAGAUAGUUUCCGGGUAUCAAACUAUAAAUGCUGGACAAGUUAACGAAGAUGCUAUGAUCAACAAAUGCAGGAAUGCCAGUAGCUCUGUUGAAAAAGUGGUCAAGGAAAUUGGCAGAGACAUUAAAUCUGCAAAAGUAAACGGACCAGGUGUCGUGGAUGAGCUAAAGGGGCAACAUGCUACAUUAAGGGAUUGCAUUGAGCAACUUACAGCUGUUGAAUCCUCAAGAGCAAAUCUCAUGUCGUAUCUGAGGGACGCCCUUCAUGAACAGGAAUUGAAGCUUGACCUAAUCCGUAGUCAACUUAAGGCUGCACAUACUCAAUCAGAAAAGGCUGAUAACAUCUGCAAGCAAUUGCUCAAUCCCGAUGGCAUUCAAUCGCAACCCGAUCAACAGUCUGCUCCUGUGAUGUACACCCGACAGGCAUCUCAAUCCGAUGAUACUAAAUCCGCGGCGGCUGCAGUGGCGGCAAAGCUGACAGCAUCCACAUCCUCAGCGGAGAUGCUCACUUAUGUCCUCUCAUCCCUAGCAUCCGAGGGCGUAAUUGGAAAUUCACCUUCAAGUGAUUAUCCGUUACAGAAGAAAACCAAGAUCAAUAACGACCAGCCUCAGCCUUACGUUCCAUCUUCUCAAAAUGCUCAACCACCGCUUCCACCUGACCAGCAACCGCCACCGCCAUCGUCUCCACCGCCUCUGCCGCCAAUGCCACCCAUGCAGCCAUAUCCAGUUACCCAAUUCAUGCAGUCUACAGUGACGGCGACAAUGCAGUAUGGGCAUAGCAUAAACCAACAACCACCGCCACCUAUGUCUCUGCCUGGAUUACCGACUGUAGGGCCACCCGUUAAUGGUGUUUCGUCAUAUUCGCCGCCAGACGGUUACCAGAAUUAUCAAAUAGAAGGUAGUUUCUAUAACCAACAAUCAGCUAUGCCGAUGGCGCCUAUGUCUAGGCAGUAGAACGACUAAAUCUGUAGAAGAAAUCGGGAGUUUUAUGCAUCAUAGAUUUUUGCACAUUAAUUAGAAUAUGGUUAAGUGAUACAUAAGUAACGUAGAUGAGAGUUGAAUUUUUUAUUCAUAGAUGAAUAGAUAUUUGUGUGCUCUUUGUGUAUGGAUUUUUUGUUUGCAUUG